CGAGAACAAACACCGGGCCGCCGCACUUCCCUGGCCCGUGGGUCAGCGGCGGGCCAUGGCCAACGUCUCCAAGAAGGUGUCGUGGUCCGGCCGCGACCUGGACGACGACGAGGCGGCGCCGCUGCUGCGGAGGGCGGCGCGGCCUGGGGCGCCGGGCGGCGAGGACACGCCGCUGCUGAACGGGGCCGGGCCCGCGGCCGACCGCCGGUCGCCCCAGCCGGCAUCUUUCCAGAUCAGACAGAUGAGCAACGUGGAGCUGGACGAUGAGCUCCUGGACCCGGACACGGACCCCCCGCCCCCUUUCCCCAAGGAGAUCCCGCACAACGAGAAGCUCCUGUCCCUCAAGUACGAGAGCCUGGACUACGACAACAGCGAGAACCAGCUGUUCCUGGAGGAGGAGCGGCGCAUCAACCACACGGCCUUCCGCACAGUGGAGAUCAAGCGCUGGGUCAUCUGCGCCAUGAUUGGCAUCCUCACGGGGCUCGUGGCCUGCUUCAUCGACAUCAUGGUGGAGAACCUGGCGGGCCUGAAAUACAAGGUCAUCAAGGACAACAUCGACAAGUUCACAGAGAAGGGGGGGCUGUCCUUCUCGCUGCUGCUGUGGGCCGUGCUGAACUCCGCGUUUGUGCUGGUCGGCUCCAUGAUCGUCGCCUUCAUAGAGCCCGUCGCUGCUGGCAGCGGGAUCCCCCAGAUCAAGUGCUUCCUCAACGGGGUGAAGAUCCCCCAUGUGGUCCGGCUCAAGACCCUGGUGAUCAAAGUGUCCGGUGUGAUCCUGUCGGUGGUGGGAGGACUGGCCGUGGGAAAGGAGGGACCGAUGAUUCACUCGGGCUCCGUGAUCGCCGCUGGGAUUUCCCAGGGGAGGUCAACGUCGCUGAAGCGCGAUUUCAAGAUGUUUGAGUACUUCCGCAGAGAUACAGAGAAGCGGGACUUUGUCUCAGCAGGAGCUGCAGCCGGAGUGUCUGCUGCGUUCGGGGCCCCCGUGGGUGGCGUCCUGUUCAGCUUGGAGGAAGGUGCCUCCUUCUGGAACCAGUUCCUGACAUGGAGAAUUUUCUUUGCUUCCAUGAUUUCCACCUUCACCCUGAACUUUGUCCUAAGCAUUUACCAUGGAAACAUCUGGGACCUGUCCAGCCCGGGCCUCAUCAAUUUUGGAAGAUUUGACACAGAGACGAUGGUGUACACUAUCCACGAGAUCCCCAUCUUCAUCGCCAUGGGCGUGGUGGGUGGUGUUCUUGGGGCUGUGUUCAAUGCCUUGAAUUACUGGCUGACGAUGUUUCGAAUCAGGUACAUCCACCGGCCCUGCCACCAGGUGAUCGAGGCCAUGCUGGUGGCUGCCGUCACAGCCACUGUCGCCUUCGUGCUGAUCUACUCCUCUCGGGACUGCCAACCCCUGCAGGGCAACUCCGUGUCCUACCCCCUCCAGCUCUUCUGUGCAGAUGGCGAGUACAACUCAAUGGCGGCGGCCUUCUUCAACACCCCAGAGAAGAGCGUGGUUGGCCUUUUCCACGACCCCCCAGGCUCCUACAACCCCAUGACCCUCGGCCUCUUCACCCUUGUCUACUUCUUCCUGGCCUGCUGGACCUACGGGCUGACAGUGUCCGCCGGCGUCUUCAUCCCGUCCCUGCUCAUCGGGGCUGCCUGGGGCCGGCUCUUUGGCAUCUCGCUGUCCUACCUCACAGGGGCCGCGAUCUGGGCGGACCCCGGCAAGUACGCCCUGAUGGGAGCAGCUGCUCAGCUGGGUGGGAUCGUGAGGAUGACACUGAGCCUGACGGUCAUCAUGAUGGAGGCCACCAGCAACGUGACCUACGGCUUCCCCAUCAUGCUGGUGCUCAUGACCGCCAAGAUCGUGGGGGACGUCUUCAUCGAGGGCCUGUACGACAUGCACAUCCAGCUGCAGAGCGUGCCCUUCCUGCACUGGGAAGCCCCGGUCACCUCGCACUCGCUCACCGCCAGGGAGGUGAUGAGCACGCCGGUCACCUGCCUGCGGAGGAGGGAGAAAGUGGGCGUCAUCGUGGACAUACUCAGCAACACGGCGUCCAGUCACAACGGGUUCCCUGUGGUGGCGCCCGCCGACGGCGCCCAGCCGGCUCGGCUCCAGGGCCUGAUCCUGCGCUCCCAGCUGAUUGUCCUCCUGAAGCACAAGGUGUUUGUGGAGCGGUCCAACAGGGGCCUGGUCCAGCGGCGCCUGCGGCUGAAGGACUUCCGGGACGCCUACCCGCGCUUCCCCCCCAUCCAGUCCAUCCACGUGUCCCAGGACGAGCGAGAGUGCACCAUGGACCUCUCCGAGUUCAUGAACCCCUCCCCCUACACGGUGCCCCAGGAGGCGUCUCUCCCGAGGGUGUUCAAGCUGUUCCGGGCCCUGGGCCUCCGGCACCUGGUGGUCGUGGACAACCACAAUCAGGUGGUCGGGCUGGUGACCAGGAAGGACCUGGCCAGAUACCGGCUGGGGAAGGGGGGCCUGGAGGAGCUCUCACUGGCCCAGACGUGACGCCCCAGCCCUGGCACCUACCCAGGGUCCCCACCUCGCUCCUCGGGCAGCAGCAGAUCCGGUGUCGUCCAGACUUUCAGGACGGCCCACCUGGCGUGCGAGCAUGGUCAUCACGUGGGCACCUUGAAGACGUCACACUUCCUCUGGCCUUCGCCCCUUGGAUGUCACUCUCCAUCCUCCUGUUUCUUCACCUUCAGGGAUCAGACAUUUAUGCAAGUGCUCGCUUCCUGAGAGCCAGCAAGAGGGUGCAUGUCUGUGUGUCUCAGUGUGUGUCUGUAUGUCUGUGUUGACGUGUGUGUGCAAACGCGAGCAAGCUGGGCCCCGUGGGUCCGAGUGUCGCAGGCCCGCAGGGCGGGGCCCCCUCGCUGCCGUUCUGCUCCUCGUUACCUGGUGCCAGCCCACAAGGACCACGCGCCUGUGAACUGCCAGCUGGAGGCCUGGGCAGCCGCCUUUGGCCAUGUCCUCGGCUCCGUCUGCAGCCGUGAAGUGAUGGCCUGUGCGACAGGGACGCACAGAGACGAGGGCUCCGGGCAGCGGAACAGCCCUGGACAGCAGACUAGGCACUGCCCAUUCUCCCAGACUCACCACGUGCACCCCCGGCGUCCCUCCCCCACUUGGGGUGUCAUGGGCUCUGUGCUGGAAUCUUGGCCAGAGGACAGCUGAGAGCCACGUGUGGGCCUGAACCCCCGAGUCCUGCCAGGCUUCUGUCACCCCAAGCCCCCCGAGGCUGGAAUCCAGACAAACAGCUGUGGCCACCGUGUGGACAGCAGCUGGGACGGCGGGUCUUCUUGGCACGGGCGUGGGGGGCACUGGCCUCUGAGCAUCCCCUGCCCAUGAUGAUGUUCCAGCCCUAGGGGCAGACGGGCUCUGGAAUGAUACGGGGGGGCUGCGCAGGGCCAGUGCCCUCCCGGGCCAGGUGGGGCUGGCGAGUCCCCAGGCCACCCAUGUCUGACAAGGCAAUCCAGAUCCUCGGUGGUGAGCUGGUGGGUGCUGCGCCUCAGCUACGGCCGCAUUCCAGGGGGUGGGGCCUCGAACAGCAGGUCUCGUCCUGAUGGGGAGUCCUGGGAGGGGCGCGGGGAGCUGAAUGUGGGGGGUCUGAAUGGAGAAAUAAAGGAAUUGCACUGAG